GGUUUUUUUCUUAAAGAAGUUAGACACUUAGAAAUAAUAACGAAACACAUCCACCAUCAUAAUUCAGCAUUGAUCAAAAUAAUAACAAUAAAGAAAGUUUCGAUGAUGGAACAAACGCAAAAGAACGAGACAAUAGAGGAAGUUUCAGAGAUGCAACAUUCAGCAUCUCAAAACAAAGAGGCAAAGCAAGCUGCUUCACCCAUGGUCAUGGAGCUAUCCGAAAGACUGUUCAAGUAUGCCAUGAAAAACCAGUGGGAUGAAGUGUUGGAUGCCUAUAAGGAGAAGCCUGAGAGUCGUAAGGCCAAGAUCACAGAAGUCGAAGACACUGCUUUGCAUUUAGCAGUCUCCGGUGGGAAGUUUGUCAUCGUAAAAAAAAUGGUGGAUACCUUGGAAAACAAUGCUUCAGAUGUUUUGAAAACAAAGAACAAGAGAGGAAAUACGCCACUUCACAUAGCAGCAGCACUGGGCAAUGCACGGAUGUGCCAUUGCAUAGCUUCAAAAGAUCCUAAUCUCAUUGCUGAAAAAAACGUAAAGAAUGAAACCCCAUUGUACUUGGCAGCUAAAUUUGGCCAUAAAGAUGCUUUCCUCUGCCUCUAUUUUUGCUACGAAGGAAACCCCGGGGAUCUAUGCAGCAGGGCUGAAAGUGGCGAUACCAUUCUUCAUGCUGCCAUUACUGGAGAACACUUUGAUUUGGCAUUUCAAAUCAUAUGCAAAUACCCAGAGCUCGUGAAUUUUGUCAAUGAAAAUGGUUCAUCUCCUCUCCAUGUUCUGGCCACCAAGACUAAUGCAUUUAAAAGUGGCAGUCGUCUUGGGUUGUUUGAUCGGAUCCUCUACCGCUGUAUAAUAGUGGAUGAGAUGAAGGACAAAAAAUAUGACAGUGCAGAUUACCUGAAAAUGUUUGAAGAAAAUGAUAGUGGUGGUCAUGGUCCUUGGUUCCCCCCAAACUACGAAGCCUGCGUGAGCUUCUACCGAAUGUUUUCUGGUGUGGCUUGUUUCGGCAUGCCAAGUGAAUCUUCAUCAUCUCAAACAAAGCCAGAAUCAAGUACUACAAAUGGUGCUGUGAAAGUUUCAUCAGAUACAGGGAGUGGUACUAGUCCAAAGGUAAAGGAAGACAGCGAAGAGCAUAAACAACACUAUCUUCCAGCCAAUUAUGCCACACUUAUACAGUUUUUCAAGUUUUUGAUGAAAUUCCUGAUGGUCGUUUUGGGACUUGGCUUUCAAAGGAUAAGAAAGAUAACAACAAAGAAGCAGAGACACACAUGGGCAUCUCAGGUGAUGGAUAAGUUGAUUGAGAAUGCUUCUAUGUAUAAGUAUUCUGGAGGAAAGACUGGCACUGGCAAAAGCGAAAUGACUGAACACUUUCCCUUUAUUCCAAGCCUGAUGACGAGCUCAUCUCAUGAGGAUUCCUCAAAAAAGGAAAAGAAUGAUGGAAUGGUGGAGAAAUUUCUUGGAGAAUACCAUAUUACAGGCAGUGUUGAUUCGAAGACUUCAAAGCAUGCUGUGCAGAUGAAAUUCGAAAAGAAAGGAGCUAGUGAAUCAACCAGAGCGGAUACUCCUAGUCCUAUACUAAUAGCAGCAAGUAAAGGGAUAACCGAAAUGGUAGACAAAAUUUUGGAAAAAUUUCCUGUUGCAAUCCAGGACGUGGAUGCCCAAAACAAAAAUGUCUUGCUCUUAGCAGUAGAGCAUAGACAAGCUCAUAUUUUCCAAUUCCUAAUAGAAAGAGAAACUUUCCAUGAAAGUGUUUUUCGCCAUUGGGACAACCAAGGAAACAAUGCAUUGCAUCUUGCUGCAACGUAUGGACAUUAUCGACCCUGGCUUAUUCCAGGAUAUGCAUUGCAGAUGCAAUGGGAACGCAAAUGGUACAAGUUUGUCAAGAAAUCCAUGGAAAAACAUCUUCUUGUUCAUCACAACAAUAAAGGUCAAACCCCAAAACAGAUCUUCACAGAAACGCACAAAGCCCUUGUAAAAGAUGGCAGUGAAUGGCUCACCAAAACCUCGGAAUCAUGCUCCGUCGUUGCAGCACUGAUUGCAACGGUAGCAUUUGCCACUGCAGCAAGCAUUCCAGGAGGUACCAGUCAAGAUACUGGUAAACCAGUUUUAAGAGAUGAGCCUGCAUUUGUUGUCUUCGUAAUCACAUCUCUUGUUGCUCUUUGCUUCUCCAUUACAGCCUUAGUCUUUUUCCUGGCGAUUCUCACAUCUCGAUUCGAAGAGAAAGAUUUUGCUAUGAAACUGCCUAGAAAACUUAUUCUGGGUUUGACAUCUUUAUUCACAUCUAUAGCUGCAAUGCUGUUCUCCUUUUGUGCAGGGCAUUUCUUCGAACUCGGAGAUAAAUUAAAAUUUGCAGCAUUACCAAUAUACACAGCAACAUGCUUGCCUAUUUCCUUCUUUGCUCUUGCACAACUACCACUCUACUUUGAUCUUUUAAAGGCUAUCUUCAAAAAAGUGCCACAACGCAGCUACAAGGAAUUUGCUUGCUAA